UUUCUUAGACUGAGAGAACUGAGAAAAGCCAUAGAUGAGGAGUGUAGAGCUACUCACCAUGAUACAGUCCAACUCUACUCUGCCCCUUCAGUAUUGCCACCUGUCCAAGAGGAGCAUAUGUCCCUCCAAUAGAACAUUAUCAUGGAUGGAGGCAAACGAGAGAAUGGGAUGCAUUGCAAUUUUCCCAAAAUAACUCUGAUUAACCAUGCUCUAUACCCCAAGGAAAUCGCAGGGAAGCUUAGGCCAUAACUUAUGAGCCAACAAUAAGAGAAUGGGACUCUUAUGCGGUCAAUUCAAAACUCUCCUUUACCAAGCUCGCACCCUGAUUUAGUAAAGGCACUCUCCAGAGCCCCAUUAUGGCCAGUAAUCUAUUGAAAGCACCCAUCCCGAGGGGGAGCGUGUAUCCCUACUUCAAAACUCCACAAUAGUUGGAGAAGGAGGUAAACAAAAUAGAGGGACGCUUUUUACAAUACAGAUUGUUUCAAAGCAGCUUUACAGUGAUAACAGGAAAAUAAUGCAACAAAAUUUGUUUUGGCUGUACAGCAGCUCUAGAAGAAAAUAGUGUCAUUGUCCAGCUUAAGUAAGUUCUGGAGAAAACAGUGAUGUCAUCUUCAGGCCGAUCAGUAAUGUUGAUGAAUAUUAAGUGUCCCCAACUAAGCAGGCCAGAGGCGACAGCGGCAAGAACCCAAACUCCAUCAGGUGACAGAAUGGAGAAAAAACCUUGGGAGAAACCAGGCUCAGUCGCUCAGUUCUCCUCUGGCCAACAACAAACAGUGCAUGAUUAUGAUUCAGGCAGCGUUACAGGUCAGAAGUCAGACUGGACCGGAACAUUUAAAACAUUUAAUCCAGUUCUAAGUUCCUCUAAGCCAGUGGUGUAAAACUCAUUUUAGGUUGAGGGCCGGAUGGGAAAAAAAUGUAACCAUGUGCAGGCCGAUUUUUUUUUUUAAAACCUUAGUGAGCUGACAGUUACAUUAAUAUUAACCAUACAAACUACACAUUAAUUUGCACGAAAAAAAAAGCACACACACUGCUCUUUGAAGACUUUAUUAGAUUUUAUGGCCAAUUCCAAUUUUUUUUGGAGCAAAUUCGAUACCGGUUGCCAAUUUUUUUCUUUAAGCAAAUUUAUUUGUUGUUUCUUUGUUCUAUAACAGGCCAAACAGGACUUAAACAAAAAAAUUUGUGAAGGCAUUUGGUAUACAGACACCACUGCAUUUUGAGCAUGAGCAGUUGUUUUUUAUUUAAAUUAAAUUGUGUAAUUUCAAGAUUUACAUAAAAAAAACAGCAUGGUCUGACUUUAUAGCUUUGAGAAAUUAUGCUACAUAAGACACCUGCACAAAACAAAAAUAGCAGAAGGACUGAAUGAAAAUGCAAAUUCACUCUCUGACAGUAGGUGGCGCUUGUGGAACAGCAGCGAUAUAGCAUUUCCUUGGUUACCGCUGUACACAAAGCAGCGCUGCGGUUAUAAAAUAGGCUACUUAUAUGGAGAUCGAAACUUUUCUGAAGACAGUUCCCUUCUUAGUUACAUUCAUAUAAAACACAAUUCAAUAUCUAUAUUUUUCUUCCUAUAUUUCACAAACAGUGAGCUUGGCCUGGUACAGUAUUUGCUCUGCUGGCGCAUCUGUGUUCAUCUCUUUGCGUCCGUAUUCAGCAUGUGGCUGUGUUAACGUUCUGUUUACAGACUGAGUAAUAUUUCCACACAAACGACAGUUCGGGAACUGAUUGCAAAGCAGUUUGUUUGCAAGUCCAGAAUAGAUAUUGGCCAAAAUAAAACUAAUAACCGUUCGGAUUUAUGGCCGGUGGACUAUGCAUAACUGUUUUUAAUAAUUGUUCAAAUCAUCCCCCGGCCGGAUUGGACACCUGUGCUCUAAGCCAAUGUAUGCAGAGAACCACCAGCAAACGCCUUGCCAUCCAGCUGCAGGGUGGUUUGUAACGGCUUUGCUGGCAAGACUGGAGCAUAAAAUGAGGAUGCCUCACUCUGCAGGGGCGUCUUCAGAUAUUCCUGUUCACACAAUCCCUCCACAUCAACGUAGUUGUUGAAAGGGGAAUAUGCUAGCUGAAUGUGGCAUCUUCCAGGACUUCUCCUCGGUGUGAAGAUCCAGAAGAAAAGGAAGGCUCAAGGGGAAGGGACGAUCAUGACCCGCCAGAAUUCGUGCAUCCAGUCUGCCAUGAGCGACUUUUUGUUUCUCACAUGACCAGGUCAAAUCCAACCUGGUGGGAAUUACAUCCAACAAUUCCUCAUAACCGGGGCUGAUGGAAAGUGAGGGCUCAACAAACUCACUGUCUUUGCCUCAUCCUACCACGUCAAGCUCCUCAGAGCUGGACACCAGCAACAUGCUUUGCCAUUGUUUACUUUUCACACGCUACAAACUAACGGCUCCUGAAGACAAAAAAGCUGAUGACAUGUAACUCAGGCACCAUUUUAUAAGCACGACUCUCCGUGUGCGACGUCAUGGACUGCCGUCUGCCAAAAAAUAGGCGUGUGUCUACCCAUGCUCAGACACUGGUCAUGCUGAGGGCGUUCCCCAUAAUGUCAACACCAAGACGCAGUGUCAACGUUCCACUUCGAAAGGGAACUUUGUUUGACAUCAAGCCUGAUCCACCAGUUUCAUCAGAUCUAUGGAAGCCUCUUUUCUUCACCCUUCUCAUUUGUGCUCUUCUGGGUUUGGUUGGGCUGAUCCUGUACAAAUACAGACACAAACUAACAGGGAAGAAACCAGAAGAUCAAAUUUGUGAGAACAGACCUAUGGAGAAACUGACAAAAGAAGUUGAGGGAGAGAUAAACAUAGAAGAACUGAGGAAACAUGCAGUUCAGAUUACUAUUCACCAACAUUAUGUAUCUCCAGAUUUGUUCGUUUCUAAGGACCGUAAUAUGGUAAGGAGUAGUAAAGAAUAUAAACACACUGGAGAGGGAUUUCCCUACAAAUUGUAUGCAUUUGGAGCCCAAACAUUUACUUCUGGACGUCACUAUUGGGAGGUUGCGUUGGCAGUUCCACCUAAUCCUCCUAAAAACUACUGGUUAAUUGGUGUGGCGAAAGAUGGAAGUUUUCGUUCAAAAGACAAAUCUUUAACUCCAUCAAACGGUUACUGGUUUCUGUGUUCAGACGGUCCUAAUGGCUUUUACACCAACUCUGAUCCACCAGUUAAACUCUCACUGACACCGAGACCUGAACAACUGGGAGUUCUGUUAGAUUAUGAUGACGGUCAGCUGUCAUUUUACAAUGUCAAAGAGAGGAAACAUCUCCUGACCAUGAGCACCAGAUUCACUGGAUCAGUCAUUGUUCCUCUGUUUAAUCCAGGUGUAGGAGAUCUGAGUCCGCUUAAAAUUCUAGAUUGUCCAAAACCUGUAGAACCACCUGUAGAGUCCAGUCAACCUUUACUGAAUAACACUGAGGCUACACCGGACGCAAGUGGCGCGACGGAACGUGUCAAAAGCAAAUAGAAACCAUUAUAAUCAGUGAUGCUGUCUACACUGGAUGCUGAAAAACACAGUAUGAUGACAGAACUGAUGCCCUGCUCUAUUUCUGAUGUACUCCACACACACACACACACUGAAGCUGCCGUCACAUUAGCGAUAUUUCAGCGAAAUUUCAUGAAAAGCUCCACUGUCUCUUAUAGCGUAGAGAUGUAUGAAACACAGCUCACACAGACGUCACUUCCAAACCAAGCAGCUUCUGUUUGUCAAAAACAGCAAAAACGAGUGAAAUCCAGCAGAACUUAAUGUGAAAUUACAUCUGAUG